AUGAUGUGGACGCACCACGACGACGGCGACCAGUCACCGGGGGCCCCACCGGACGCCAAGCCGGAGGCCACGGCGGAGGGCAAGCCGGAGGCCACGGCAGAAGCCAUGGCGGAGGCCACAACGGAGGCCGCGGUGGAGACCUCGGCGGAGGCCACGGCGCCAGCGCCAGAACCGCCGGCCUUGUCCUUGACGCCCAAACCGGUCCCGGUUUCCCAAGCCAUUCCGCAAGGCUUUCGCAGCUUAGCAGUGCCAGAUGUGGGUGAAACUGCCUCGGCACGGGACCGGAUUCCAGCAGUGCCACGCUUGAUCCUGCCAGAUCCACCCAUGUGCCUUACCCGCAUGCCACUUGCGCAGUCCGCCCAGCUUCCCCCACAGCUUGACGCCUGUGGCUUUGAGUUGGACGUUUUGGCACCGCAGUUGGGCAGUGGCGCAUAUGCGGCUGUGCGCAAGCUGCGGCACAGAAAGACUGGGAGAGAGGCGGACAACAUCCUCUUGAGCCUCCCCGAGUUCGAUGUGCGCAUCUGCGACUUCGGUUGGAGUGCCGAAGCGACCCUGGACAAACUGCUCCUCACGACGUGUGGCACGCCCGAAUUCUGGGCACCUGAGCAGUGGUCUCGGGCGCCCCAGAGCUAUUCGACCGACUGCUGGGCCUUGGGCUGCUUGUUCUAUGAGGAGAUCAAGGAGAAGGUCCUCGUGGGGGAUGCGCGCUACCCACCCUUUUUGUCGCAGGCGGCCAUGUCGUUACUUCAUUGCCAUCUUCAGGUGGAGCCUCAACAUCGGGCGCCUUGCAGCUGGUCCAUGCAGAAACACGAAUUCCUGGAAGACGAGAGAUCUUUGGAUGAUUCAUAA